UUGAUUUGGGGGAUCCCCUACUUUGUUAUCUUUUUUGUUUUAUUAGAAAUUUAAGCUUUAAAUUAAUUAAUUUUAUACUUUACAUGUGAAUUUUCAAAUUUUAGUCAUAAUUUAGUAUAUACAUAAUGGCUUGCAACAAGAAAAUUCGAUUCUGUACCGCUAAGAAGUGCUGUGUAGAAUGUUCGUCAUAAAAUUGUAUGUUUUAGUUCUAUCGGCCCUAAUUUUAGACAAUAGGGUGCACACCAUGAAAACCCAGGAAUUCUUUCCAGAUGCUGCUCAAAAUUUGACCAAAAUUAAUUGGGCACAUGCAGUAAACAACCAAAGCUAUUUAAGCAGUACCCUUAAGGAUGCAAAGAUUGAUAUGAUUGAAGCGGAUAUUGUCCUGGGUACAAUCACUGGUCAAUCAGACACUACUCCUAUACCCAUAAUGGCUCAUCCGCCUACAAACACUUCCGACCUCUCACUGGAGAGUUUUCUUACCCAAGUGAGGGACUUUAACACCUCAGAAUCCUCUAAAAAAGGUGUGAAACUGGACUUUAAAACCAUUGAUGUGUUUGAGGCUUCAAAGGAUUAUGUUGCAAAAUUUAAUGAGGUUGAUUUUCCCAUCUGGAUAAAUGCAGAUAUCCUAGCGGGACCAAUAAAUUCUACAGUAACACCAGUAGAUCCUGCAAGAUUCUUUGCUACAGCCAAAUUGUUUGUAAAUGCAACCCUUUCUGUUGGUUGGACCACCAAUUAUGGUGCUAACAUGACUGGGUCAUACUCCUCCGAUGAAAUUGAAGAAAUGAUCGAGACAGUUAAAAAAAAUAAUGUUUCCGCUGAAAUAACUUUUCCCGUUAGGGCUGGACUAGCUGCGGAAAGUGUGGAUCUGUUGGUGAAUUUAACAAGUGAAUUCGAGGGUUCUACUUUGACCAUUUGGUCCUCUGAGGGGGAUCAUGUUGACGUUGAUAAGCUGAGGAAGUUGAUUAAAACAGUUGGGUUGAAUAAGACUUAUGUGGAUGUUCCUAGUGACCUGAAGGAGAAAUUACAUUUGGAUAAUUUGGGUGGAGGAGCUGGACAGUUUAAGUCAGUGUCCUUGGUUGGGUUGUUGGUUUCGGUGUUAGUAAUGGUGAUAAAUUUAGUUUAGAUAAAUUUAUUAGUAAAUUAUAAAGUCCACUUUAUUAAUGUAUGUGCAUAAUAUGUUUAACUCACCAAUAAAUAAAGAAAACAUCCCAAUAAAGUUUCUUACAGGAAUCUGCCAUAUCUGGAUUAUGAGUAAUAGACCCAAGCUCUCUGAGGCAUUUUUUAUUAAAUCUAUAUUUUUAAUAUUUAAGAGGAUAUGAAAGAUUUCACAAAAAGUGUACACAAAAAGUAAAAAUAAAAAUGUAAUAAAAGCCA